UCUGUUUGAACAGGAAGGCGGACAUGUUGGUGGAGGGCUAGCAGCCAGGCGGAGCCGCCAUACCAUUACUGACAGCCUGGGCUGGAGGCGGUGUAGCCGGGGUUGAAGGCGCGGCCUGCGGGAGCACGGAGAGCACAGGGCGGCCGCGGUGACAGAGAGCCGGGAAAUAUCGCCACACCGGGGGGAGGGAGAUCGGUACCGGGAGCUGUCAGCCGGUCCCCCCUGUCACCGGCCGGCCCGCGGGCAGGACAGGCCCCGGCCUGGGUGUAUGUGUCCGGAGGCCCGGGGGGAGGAGGAGGAUGCCGGGGCCCGUCACACCGCACAGCCCGGCCCUGAAGCGGGGGUGAGGGGCCACAGGGAGCUCUGCAUCGCCGGCCACCGAGAGAGACCGGCAUAGACCCGCACCCACCGAGACCCGGAUACUGCACGGCGGACCCAGCGCCGACCGCCCCCGCCGGCGAGCAGAGCAUUGUAUCCACUGCAGCGGGAGACCGGGAGCCGAGUGCCAACAUGUCUACCGGGGAGAGCUUCGAGUCCCGCUUCGCCAAAAUCGAUGUGAUGCUCCGGGACCCCAAGUCGGAGGUCAACACGGACUGCCUGCUGGAUGGAUUGGAUGCCAUGGUGUAUGAUUUAGAUUUUCCAGCCAUGAGAAAAAAUAAGAACAUCGAUAACUUUUUAAACCGAUAUAAAGACACGAUUAGUAAAAUUCGAGAUCUACGAAUGAAGGCGGAAGAUUAUGAAGUAGUAAAAGUUAUUGGCAGAGGAGCAUUUGGUGAAGUUCAGCUGGUAAGGCAUAAAUCUACAAGAAAGGUCUACGCGAUGAAGCUUUUGAGUAAGCUGGAGAUGAUAAAGCGAUCUGACUCUGCAUUUUUCUGGGAAGAAAGGGACAUAAUGGCUUUUGCAAAUAGUCCUUGGGUUGUGCAGUUAUUCUACGCAUUCCAAGAUGACCGUUAUCUAUAUAUGGUUAUGGAGUACAUGCCUGGUGGAGAUCUUGUUAAUCUAAUGAGCAACUAUGAUGUUCCUGAAAAAUGGGCAAGGUUUUACACGGCACAGGUAGUGCUAGCAUUAGAUGCCAUUCAUUCUAUGGGAUUUAUUCACAGGGAUGUGAAGCCGGAUAACAUGCUGCUGGAUAAAUCGGGCCAUUUAAAACUAGCUGAUUUCGGUACAUGUAUGAAGAUGAACAGGGAAGGAAUGGUACGAUGUGACACUGCUGUGGGGACUCCAGAUUACAUUUCUCCAGAAGUUCUAAAAUCCCAAGGCGGGGAUGGCUACUAUGGGCGGGAAUGUGAUUGGUGGUCAGUUGGCGUCUUUUUGUAUGAAAUGCUUGUUGGUGACACACCCUUUUAUGCAGACUCUUUGGUUGGAACGUACAGCAAGAUUAUGAACCAUAAGAACUCUCUCACAUUCCCAGAAGACAGUGAUAUCUCCAAAGAAGCAAAGAAUUUGAUAUGUGCAUUCCUUACUGACCGGGAAAUCCGGCUUGGCCGUAAUGGAGUAGAGGAAAUAAAGAGGCACCUUUUCUUCAAAAAUGAUCAGUGGGCCUGGGAGACCCUUCGAGACACUGUAGCUCCAGUUGUUCCCGAUCUAUCCAGUGACAUAGACACAAGUAAUUUUGAUGAUUUGGAAGAAGAUAAGGCAGAUGAGGAAACGUUUCCAAUACCUAAAGCUUUUGUGGGCAACCAAUUACCUUUUGUAGGAUUCACUUAUUACAGUAACCGACAGUAUUUAGCCGAUCCUGCAGCAAGUCCAGAUGACAACAGAAGCAACUCCAAAGUAGAUAAAAACCUGGUUGAAAAUUUACAGAAAACCAUUUAUCAGCUUGAAGAACAACUGCACAAUGAGAUGCAGUUAAAAGAUGAAAUGGAGCAAAAAUGCAGAAUGUCCAACAUAAAACUAGACAAAAUAAUGAAGGAGCUGGAUGAAGAGGGAAAUCAAAGAAAAAACUUGGAAUCCGUUGUCUCUCAGAUUGAGAAGGAAAAAAUGGUCCUGCAGCACAGAUUGAGUGAAUACCAAAGAAAGGCAGAGCAGGAGAGCGAAAAGCGAAGGAAUGUGGAAAAUGAAGUAUCUACAUUAAAAGACCAGCUUGAUGACCUAAAGAGGAUAAGCCAGAACUCCCAAAUUACAAAUGAGAAAAUAACACAAUUACAAAAGCAGUUGGAAGAAGCAAACGAUUUGUUGAGGACGGAGUCUGACACAGCUGCACGACUAAGAAAAAGUCAAACUGAAAUGAGCAAGACUGUUAACCAAUUAGAGGCACUGAACCGGGAGCUGCAGGAGCGAUGUCGGCUGCUAGAAGGUAGUAAAUUACAGGUGGAGAAGGAUUUCUUCCAGCUCCAGGCAGCGUUGGAUACAGAAAAAAGGGACAGGAGUCAAGGAUCUGAAAUGAUUGGCGACCUUCAAGCUCGAGUGACAUCAUUACAAGAGGAGUUAAAACAUCUCAAAUAUAGUCUUGAAAGGGCAGAAUCUGAAAGAAAACAAGCACAAGAUCUCCUCAAUCACUCUGAAAAGGAAAAAAAUAAUUUAGAAAUAGACUUGAACUACAAAAUGAAAACAAUGCAACAGCGAUUGGAGCAAGAGCUUAAUGAGCAUAAGGUAACGAAGGCCCGGCUAAGUGACAAACACCAGUCGUUUGAAGAGGAAAAGUCAGUUGCCAUGUGUGAAAUGGAAAUGAAAGUGAAGGAAGAAAGAGCAGCGAAAGAGAAGGCAGAGAAUAGAAGAGUUGAGAUAGAGAAGCAAUGUUCAAUGCUGGAUUUCGACCUUAGACAGUCUCAUCAGAAAAUUGAGCACCUUAUUCAACAGAAGGAGAGACUGGAAGAUGAGGUUAAACAGCUUACAGUGCAUUUGGAGCAAGAAACAAAGAAGCGGCUUGUGGUGCAGAAUGAACUGAAAGUGCAAGCGUUUGAAGCAGAUAAUUUAAAGGGAUCCGAGAAGCAGUUAAAGCAAGAAAUUAAUACGUUAUUGGAAGCAAAAAGGUUGUUAGAGUUUGAGCUAGUUCAACUGACCAAGCAAUACAGGGGAAAUGAAGGUCAGAUGCGGGAACUCCAGGAUCAACUUGAAGCUGAGCAGUAUUUCUCCACCCUUUACAAAACUCAGGUUAAGGAACUGAAGGAAGAGGUUGAGGAGAAGAGUAAGCAAAGCCAGGAACUUGAAAAGAAACUACAUGAACUUCAUAGUGAUAAGGAGGGUCUUGCUGCACAAUUGGAUUUGACUGUAACCAAAGCAGAAUCCGAACAGCUUGCUCGGGCGCUCUUGGAAGAGCAAUGUUUUGAAUUGUCUCAAGAGAACAAAAAGCUGUCUUCAAGAAGUAGGCAAGAUUUUGUGGAAAAGGAUCAUACAAUACGCAAGCUGGAAGACACGAAUAGCACUUUAACCAAAGAUGUUCAGGGUCUGACAAAAGAAAAUGCUGAGCUAAGUGAAAAAGCUAGGAAAAUUGAAGAAGAAUUAAAGGAUAAACAAGAGGAAAUUGCAGCCAUGAAGCUUGCCUAUGAGAAGAGUAUUAACACUGAAAGGACACUGAAAACACAGGCUGUGAAUAAGCUGGCUGAGAUAAUGAAUAGGAAAGAUUUCAAACUGGACAGAAAGAAAGCCAACACUCAGGAUCUAAGGAAGAAAGAAAAGGAAAACCGAAAGCUACAGUUGGAUCUUAAUCAAGAGAAAGAAAAGUAUAACCAGAUGGUUGCAAAGUACCAGAAAGAAAUGGAUGAUAUGUUAAUGCAAUUAACUGAAGAAAGCAAUAAUAAGAAUGACCUGCAAAUGCAGCUGGAUAGUAAGGAAAGUGACGUGGAGCAAUUGCGCGCAAGGCUUGUCGACCUACAGCUACGGAUGGAUAAUACCAGCGUGGCCAGCCUGCAGCCAGAUGACACGGAUGGAAUGAUAGGUGAGUCAAGAAUUGAAGGCUGGCUUUCCAUACCGAACAGAGGGAACAUUAAGAGAUAUGGAUGGAAGAAACAGUAUGUUGUAGUUAGCAGUAAAAAGAUUUUGUUUUACAAUGAUGAACAGACUAAAGAACAGUCCAACCCAUCAAUGGUACUAGAUAUAGAUAAGCUUUUCCAUGUCCGCCCCGUUACACAAGGAGACGUUUAUCGAGCAAAUACUGAAGAUAUCCCUAGAAUAUUUCAGAUACUGUAUGCCAAUGAAGGCGAGUGUAGGAAAGAUUUUGAGUUGGAACCUGUGCAACAAACAGAGAGGACAAACUUCCACAAUCACAAAGGCCAUGAGUUCAUCCCUACCCUGUAUCACUUUCCAGCGAAUUGUGAGGCUUGUGCUAAACCUUUAUGGCAUGUUUUUAAGCCUCCUCCUGCGUUGGAAUGCCGAAAGUGCCAUGUCAAGUGCCAUAAAGACCACUUGGAUAAAAAAGAGGAGCUCAUCGCACCUUGCAAAGUGAGUUAUGAUGUGACAUCUGCCAGAGAUAUGCUUUUGCUGGCUUGCACUCAAGAUGAGCAGAAGAAAUGGGUGACACAUUUAGUGAAAAAAAUCCCCAAAACACCACCUUCAAAUUUUGUUCGUGUGUCACCAAGGACAAUGUCAACGAGAUCUACAAAUCAGUCUUUCCGAAAGCCUGCAAAAAAUGCAUCGGGAAAAGCCAGCUAAUCACACUUUGCCCUGUGUGAAGAUUCAUGGAGUUGGGCUUCCAUUACAUAACAGAGCAGGUUAAACAGACUGCCAUUCCUUCUGUCACCUAUGUGUCACCGGCUUCAGGGUUAAGAUUGCGGUUCCGUUUUCCCUUGCUUAGGCACAGAAAGCAUGCUGUGAGGGUAUUUUAUUGCGGGUUUGCCUCGAGGUAGAUUAGAUGAAUUAUUACUAUGUAAUGCAAGUAAAAUAAGGCUUAGCUACGUAUAUAUUCAUAUAUAUAUUUAUAUUAUUCAGAUAAGGAUGGUUGUCGUAUAUCUAUUGAAGCCUGAUGGCUAUGACGGAAUGCAGCUAUCUGUAAAUACAGAAUUGAUCUAAUCACCCCCGUAUCCCCAAUAAAUGGGUUGCCAUUUAUGUCUAGGGCCAAGCACAAAGAGCAACAAAAGAAUGUCUCAAAGUGUGAGAACAGCUAUUCAUUCGCAGUCUGUUAGCAUUUCUUGAAGACUUUGCAAGAAGCUAAGUGACUGCUAGGACUGUAGUGCCUUCACUUUACAGCUCUUGUCAGCCUUAACACAGAAGUGUGGGCAGGAGUUUAGUUCCUGCCUUUUAUUCUGUUUUGUUUUUAUUUUAUUUUUUUUCUUAUGUAGUUGCUCAUCAAGGUGAAAGGUCAAGACAUUUUUUUUAAACUAUGCAUUUUUUUUAUGCCAAGCCAUAUUGUGUUUUAUUAGAGAGGCAUUAGAAAACUAACAGUACAAAACAAAAUUUGUAUGCGUUUUUUUGGGUACAUAAUUUCUUUUUUUUUUUGUAAUGUGUUGCCUUACAGUUUUAAUGAUAAAGAACAUUAAGUUAACGGACAUAUUAAAAAAAAAUGUAUGCACUGUGUGAAAUUGUAAAUUAUUGGUAGAACACGUUUUAUUUUGAAUUGCUUUGUUCUUUUAUUUUUUCGUGUGCCUUAAUUUGAUUUAGAUAUUUUACUGCCAUGUUUUACAUGUAGGUGCCCAAGACAUACAUAAAUAAUUUUAUUAUAAAUAUUUUUUUAUUUCAUUUUUUUUUUUUUUCCUUGAAACCCAUGGCUUUUAAAUUAAUAUUUUUUUAAUAACUGCAAUGAGAGAAAUACAAGAUUAGAUGAAAGGCUUUUUGAGAAAUGUUGAGAAUGGGAAUUUACCAGAGAAUUACACAUAUAAGUCCAAAAAUACCUAAUAUGAAAACAUAAUUGAGAUUUGUUUAUUUCUUUGUUUUCCAAUUUAGUUUACUUAUAAAUUCUAAAUCUGUGUUCUUCAACCGUGCCUUCAUGACCCACUAACCAGCCAGGAUUUUCUAAAAUCGUAAAUUUUCACAAUUGAGUUAUGCAGUAGCAUCCCGUGUUCAUUGAGGGAUCCAUAUAUCAAUAGAGAUAUCUUUUAAUUCUACUACUUUCUGUUGGUCCUGAAGGCAUGUUUAGUAAUGGACUUAGUAAUGGACAACACCUUCAUCAUGGUCUUUAGAGCACCAUUUGGGAUUUUCCUUCAUGAUUCUCUGGUGGACACACAGAAUGCCUACUCCUGUUGUAAAGAAAACCAUAAUGCUCUUCCAUAUUUCAGAUUACAGUUUUCCAACCUUGUUCCUUCAGCUAUUAAUGGACUGUAGAUCCCAUCUUUUUUUGAUAAUAGGUGCAAAAACAUGGUUAAACAGUCCUAUUUUUGCUGUUGGUUUCCAGUAUAAAUUCUGAAACCUUUAUUUGCUUUCUCCCUGGUAUUUGUUGUGUGUUUUUGUUUUGAACAAUCCAUGAUCCGAACUACCUGCUAAAGUUCCUACUAUGAAAUAAUAAAAAAUGUAAAGAGCAUCAAAUAGUUUUUCGCAUUAAAACUAAGGACUUUUUGUCUUUUUAUAAACUCUUGAUAGUUUAGGAAAUUUAAUAUAAAAUGCUCUUGCAAAGUAGCAGACGAUUUAGGGUAUGGGCAAUAAUGUAUGUUUGUGGGAUAUAUAUCCAUGUUUGUUUUGUACCAAAUACCUCCUCAGUAAUUUAUAAUGGCUUUGCAGUUUUGUGUCAUAAACAAAAAUAGAAAAAAAAAAAAGCACUGGAAAACUGGUUCGCCCGAAGGCAAUUUGCAUGUUCCAAGUGGUAUUGAAUCCGCACUGAUGGAUAUGUCAUAAUAAACAUAUCUGUUAUUAAUAUGCUAAUGACUGCGUGAUCAUUUGAAAAGAAAUAAAAAAAAUAUAUAUAUUUAUAGACACACUGUUUCAAUAUGACUGUCCAGUGUAUUACAUAUUAUAUUUUUUGUGAAGUCAUCUUUGUCUUGUCUUUCAUUCACAAAAUGGUUUUGCUCUGCUGAAACACCUUUCCUGCUUGUUUAAUUUUUCUGGGCACUUCUGAACCAACUAUCUUGAAACGAGAACAUCUGGCCCAGAACUGGAAAUUGGCCAUAACUAUAGUCCGUUCUGUCUGUCUUCGCUGUACUACCAAUAUUUGCUACAGCCCUGAAUGUGAGGUCAUUAUGCUGAUAAGCCACGGCAGAGGAGAGAAAAGAUAGUACUUGAAUAUUAAUUAAAAUGUUUUUACAUGUAAAUAAAUUCUUAUAAUGUUUGACUACAUAAA